UAUCUUCUUUAUAUUAUGUCUUCCUCCAAGCCCACACUGCUCAGUACUCAGUUCCCUACGUUCUUGGUCCAAAUGUUUACCUCAAACACUCGAGUCUUCUUCUUGUCUCUGUGUCUCAUACUUUGCAAAGAAGCAUUGUCUCACUUUGAUGAACAAUGGCUAGUCGGCGACGACGAUCCACUCAACGCCUUGCAGACUAGGCGCGAAAGAAGCGAGGAGAGGUGCGAUUACUCGGUGGGGAAGUGGACGUACGACGAAACGUAUCCCCUCUAUGACUCAGGCAGCUGUCCAUAUUUGAGCUCUGCACUAAGUUGCCAGAGAAAUGGAAGACCUGACUCUAAUUACCAGAAAUGGAGAUGGGUGCCCAAGGCUUGUUCACUUCCAAGGUUUAACGCACUAAAAUUCCUUGGGAAAAUGAGAGGAAAAAGAAUAAUGCUGGUUGGAGAUACAAUAAUGAGAAACCAGUGGGAAUCUCUUGUCUGCUUAGUACAGUCUGUGAUUCCCACUCAUCGUAAGAAGCUUACUUACAAUGGUCCUACAAUGUCUUUCCAUGCUCUGGAUUUUGAGACAUCAAUUGAGUUCUGUUGGGCUCCUCUGCUUGUGGAACUCAAGAAAGGAGGUUACCGUAAAAGGGUGUUACAUUUGGACUCAAUCGAAGACAAUGCUAGAUAUUGGCGAGGUGUUGAUGUUCUUGUAUUCGACUCUGCUCACUGGUGGACUCACUCUCAGAAAUGGAGUUCGUGGGACUAUUACAUGGAUGGGAACAAGCUCUUCAAAGUUAUGAACCCAAUGGUUGCUUAUGAGAGAGGACUUACCACAUGGGCUAAAUGGGUUGAGAUCAAUCUUGAUCCAUCCAAAACCAAAGUCAUUUUCCGCACCAUCUCACCAAGAGAGAGUGGUCAAAUGUGCUACAACCAGAGACAUCCCUUGCCUUCUUUAUCUUCUUCAAGAAAACCACACAUGCCUCAACAGUCAAGAGUGUUGAACAAAGUGCUAAGCACAAUGAAAUAUCGGGUAUAUUUGCACGACAUCACAACCAUGUCAGCAUAUAGAAGAGAUGGGCAUCCUUCGGUGUUCAAGAGAGCAAUGCACGAGGAAGAGAAACACCAUCAUAUCUCUGGACCUUCAUCAGAUUGCAGUCACUGGUGCUUGCCUGGCGUCCCGGACAUUUGGAAUGAGAUGCUUUCUUCAAUUAUCCUAACCAAUGUCGUAUGAGCUUAUAUAUAUGAGUCUGUUCUACUCAUGAACCAUGGUGUUAUUUUGUAUGAAUCAGUUGGUUUAUAUGAUAUAUUACAUAUCCUAUCUUAA